UUGGUAUUAAUUUUCACUCAAACAUUAACUGUAAUUUUAAUUGUUUUUCUAGAAUGGAGCUAUGAUCGAAAUGCUGCUGAUGGUAUGUUUCUCCUUUUCUGCAGUAUCGGCUAAUGCGGCUGACAGCAGACGUUUUCGGAUUCGUGGUGAAUCUGAAACAUUUAAGCGAUGGUUUCGUUUUUCCGUUUACGUGCAGACGUGUUAUCGAUCCUAAAUGAAAAUGGCUCGAGCUGGCACGGUUUGGCCGGUCUUAUCUUUGAGGAUUUUGAUCGCGGAAUACUUUGCAUCCGAAUGAAAGAUCCUGGAUUUACUGAUUUGUGCAAACGUAGUAAAUCCGGAAGCAUUUAUGAAUCCGGAAAAAUCUUUCCAAGUCUAAACCAAGCCUUGAAAGAACCCUAUAUAAAGGACCAGAGAAAAAUCAAUCCCACUCCAACUUUCGCACCCUACUUGCACGAAAAAGUCAUCUUACAUGAUAUUGUCCUUCUAACUCUUCUCUAGGACCUAAAAAGUGGGGUGACAGUUGCUCCGGGAGCCAACAGUCGCCUAUAGACAUUAGCAACACCGCCGCCACGUAUGACUCAAGCCUGGGUAAUUUUACCCUUGUCAACUACGCCAAUACACCAGCUGGUGUUAAUUUUACCGCCAAAAACAGUGGUAAAUCUUUGAAGGUGGCAAUGGACAGCCAUAUAUACAACGUAAGCGGAGGUGGCCUCCCCGGAGUUUUUACCACCGUUCAGUUUCACCUGCACUGGGGAUCAAACAACAACAAAGGAUCGGAACACACUAUGGACGGGCUGAUGUAUCCUGCCGAGGUGUGUUACCUCGAUGACAUGUACUGUGUACAACAACCUUUUCCCUAGGGCAUUCCCCUUAGAAAAUCCUCCCAUUUACUAUGAAGAAGCCGUGGGGACAAGAUCAUGUCCUGUGUGAUGUGAUUUUCCCAAAAUUUUGCAGUUUACUAUAAAAUUUACUGUUUAGCUUUUACUUGUGUGCUACAAAAUAUUAAGUGUUGACUGUUUCGUCGCCAAUGCAAUGAGGAAAGGUGCCUUGAGUCAAGUCAAGCAAAGGGCCGGGGGAAUCAAAAUGAUGGUGACAUAAUGGCCUAAAAUACAUUUUUCAAUUGAACUUGCAGAUCCAUUUUGUCAGCAUGAACACCAAAUACUCCAGCCUCGGUGAUUCCCUAGGUCAUUCAGAUGGUUUGGCCGUGCUGGGUGUUUUUCUUAAGGUAACACAUGUUCAGUCCGGGCCACAACCAGAACUGGAUAUAUGAUGACGUCACCAAAAUUUUUGACGUUUGCCUCUUCAUAAAACCCAUCCACUCCCAGAUUCCUUUUUAAGUGACGUGUCGUAAUGUUCCUGUACACCUAACGUUUUUGUCUGUGAAUCAGUGACGUCUUAUGAGCACGACCAAUCAUCAAGUGGAACCUCCAAGGCAGUGCUUUCACAUGAUAUGAUUUAUUUCGUAAGCUCUAGCUUUUGAGAUCGAUGCCCCCUAUUCUCCCGUAAUCGGACCAUUUUACUGUCCUUCUCCACCCUUUAGCAAUACCUCUCAUAGCACUAUUCAUUUAUUGUUGUUCUAACUUUCAAGAAGUCCGUGACGUGGAUGAAAUCUUAUGAUACGAUCGUUUAUAAAUGAUUCCUCUUCAGGAGUGUCCGGCUUCAUCAUCCAAUAAAUAGUUUUAUUAUACAUUGUAGUCACCAUCUGUCUUCUCAUUGGCUAAAAGCCUACAGUUAAUUCUGGGAAACAGCGCAACCUACAGAUUAUUUACUAAUCUGUACCUAACAGAUUAGUGAAUAAUCUGUAGGUUGCGCGCCCAAUGCAUGAUUUCCAAGAGCAAUGUCAAGUGCACGGACAGCAAUGUCAAGUUCGCGGACAGCGAAGUAAGAAUGGCUUCACGAUUCGCUUCAUCGACCCAGCAAGAAAUUGAGAAAUUACUUGAAGAUAAAGUAUAAUAAAAUAAUUAUUAGAUUCGGUUUUUGUGAUAUCCGGAAUGAUCAAGGUCUCGGUCAAAAGAGUGUUAUCAGCCUCAGCCUUCGGCUUCGGCUGAUAACACUUACCUCGAAUUAUUCCGGAUAUCACAAAAACCUCAUCCAAUAAUUGUUUAUAAACAUUUGUAGUAUAGACUAAGCCGGAGAAGAUAUGUCGGAAGGCUUAAAGCGAAUCAAGGAAACAAAUUUUUUUCAUUGUUUUAUUAUUAUUUCUUUCUAAAUGUUAGGUUGGCUCAAGCGAACAUCGGCACUAUAAAUUGUUCUUGGAUCAUGUCAGCUCUGUGAUUAACAAAGGUGAGGUGUGCAUGGUAUUCUUAACUUUCAAGGAAAAAAACAUCCAUAGAUGUUUAACGCUGUGUUAAAAUGAAUGAAACACGAGCCUUGGUUGGAAAAAUGUAGAUGUGGUAUGGAUGAUACAUAAUAGAUUGUGGAUCAAUUAAAUUCCAUGUAUUUCAGGAAUUGCAGUUUUAUCAUCACAAAAACAUCCAUACUGUAAAUCAUUGUUAAAGAGGUUUUCACAGUUCAUCUUCCGCUACACAGGUGAGAGCGUGAACUUUCCAGCCUUUCCGCUUAUGAAUCUCCUUCCAAUCAACAAGACCAAGUAUUUCCGGUACCCAGGCUCCCUGACAACCCCGCCCUGCAGUGAGGCUGUCACCUGGACGGUUUUCAAAGAUCCUAUCGAGAUAUCGCAGGCUCAGGUAAAAUUUGAAAAAUGUUAUUAUUCAUAAUGAUGACAAUGAUUGUGACUAGAAAUAAACUGAGAUGAAAAGUAUUAGGUGGGCCUCUUUAACGUUUUGUAGAAAACUAUCUUGAGUGUUGUGGCAGAGCUUCCACGAAUUUUAGUGGAUGCGCACACCCUAAGGGAGAAUUGUUCCAUGAAACGUCAACAUUUCCUGGGAAUAUGUCCCUGAAUUAAAACUUCUCGUGUCACAGUGCCAGCCUUAAAACAGGUGAGUCGGUCUAUUUUAGUACAUGUACUUUUUGUGACACGAACCGAUCUCAGUUCUUUUUCCCUUUAUAGCUGGAUGCUCUGCGUUCCAUGAAGAUGAACAGCACCAUGAACAUUGUCGACAAUUACCGCCCCGUUCUCGACCUUGGGAGCCGGAAACUGAAAGCUAGCUUUGACGAGGGUUUGAAACAGGCUGAUCCAACUGCAGCAGGCGUUGUUCUCAAAAUAUCCAACGUCGUCUUGCUGUUGGUGCUCUUCCUGGGAGCAGUUUUCUAG